AUGGCUCUUCUCCGAGUAGCGACGCUGCUGUUUGCCCCUGCUUUAGCGUGGGGGCUCCAGCUUCUACCACCCCCGGUUCAAGUUUCCGGAACUUCAAACGGCUCUGUUUGGCAAGUUGCGUCAACUCAGAAGAUCAUCUACAUCGAAAGCGGCCUGGCGGACAAAGUCGACACAGACGGGUUGACGCUCAUUCCCCCUAGCGGCAACGACUUCGCUGUACUAUUCCAAGCAGAUAUCAGUCAACUCACCGGCGCAAAUUGGACUCUCCAAAAAGUUGACCGACUUCCAUGUCUCUCUACUACCAGCGGAAUUCUUCUCGGUUCGUUUUCCGGCAAUGGCUCUUCUAUCACAUGCGAGAACGGUCAACCCACGUCGGAGGGUUAUGAGCUCAAGAUAUCACCCAAAGGCGCGUUCAUCGGCGGCACAGGAGCCCGUGGGAUGUGGUGGGGGACAAGAACAUUGCUCCAAGCCCUGUUGACAACCAACGGGUCUCUUCCCGUGGGACGCGCCGUUGAUGCUCCGGCUUACGAAACCCGAGGCUUCAUGCUUGAUGCGGGACGAAAGUGGUAUGCACCAGGGUUUCUGAAAGAGCUCUGCAGCUAUGCUUCCUUCUUCAAGAUGAGCGAGUUCCAUUAUCACCUGAGCGAUAACUACCCCCUCAACCGUGGACGCAACGAGUCGUGGCAGGACGUUUACUCUCACUUCUCGCUUCGGCCCGAAGACGAGUCUUUGCUACCGAUCUUACAUGGCCGGGAGAAUGAGACCCUCACCCGGGAGGACUUCGCCGAUCUUCAGAGCCACUGCGCGGCACGAGGCGUAACGGUCAUUCCUGAGAUCGAGGCUCCUGGUCAUUGCUUGUACCUGACUAAGUGGAAGCCUGAGCUGUCUCUACCGAAGCGGGACUUGCUUAAUCUUUCGCACCCUGAUACGAUACCAACAGUGAAGCGCAUCUGGUCGGAGUUUCUUCCCUGGUUUGAGACGAAGGAGGUGCAUGUCGGAGCCGAUGAGUACGACUCAACACUGGCUGAUGUGUACAUCGGCUUCGUCAACGACAUGUCCGACUUCAUCAACUCAACAACCGGCAAGAGACUUCGCAUCUGGGGAACCGACGAGCCCUCUGACAACUUCACCAUCUCAAAGGAUGUCAUCAUCCAACACUGGCAGUAUGGGCAAUCGGAUCCCGUGCUUCUCGCGAACAGCGGUUACGACAUCAUCAACUCGGAGGACUGGUGGGCGUACAUGUCUCUCAAAAAUGACCAUAUGCCCAUUCUACCGGCUAGAUACCCCCAGUUCUUCGACGAAAGCCGGGUUCUCAACUUCGCCGACGAGUCCGGAUGGCAGUGGACGCCUGCGGAUUACAACCCAUUCAACACGACCGAGCAGAUUCCUCACGGGUCACCGUCGAACAAAGGCGCCAUCCUUGCGGCAUGGAACGACAACGGACCGGACGCUUCAACACAGCUUGAAGCGUACUACGCCAUGCGUCGCGGCAUAGCGCUUGUGGGGGCCCGAGCAUGGAGCGGCAGUCGGGGACCGGUGCUUUCCGAGGACGACGUUGCGCCGAGCAUCGACUUCUUCUCGCCCAUUGCUCCUGGGCAGAACCUUGACCGUGUGCUUUCUUCCAGCAACUCAUCAGACUCUUCGUACUCCUGGAAGCGAUCCAACGACGACGGAGAAACGGUAAAGCUCGGACAGGGUAGUAAGGGUCUCAAUUCCACCCUGAAACUGUCAGCCACGGGACCAUUCACUCUGGCUAGCCCUGACAACACGUUAUCUCUCGACAGUACCGGCAGUCUGAUAUUCAAUGCCGAUGGAUAUUUGUACCCCUUGCGAGAAGUUAGUCAGCUAGACGCCUUGCAGCUUGACCCAGGCCACCCAGGAAGAAUUUGGGUGAACGUGUCCACGUCAACCCAUGAAGAGGUGAAGGUGCCUUUACCAGCAAACAUCACCAUCGAGACGGAUGCAUUACAUGGAAGUAUGGCUUGGGUGAAUGGAGAGUUCGCGGGAAGAUUUGAGGUGUUUGUCUACGGCGGUCGGAACACCCAGUUCAGCUGGAGUCAAAUGGCGUUUACCGCACCACUGGAAAGUGUCACUGGACGGGGACUCCAAGGUUUGGUCGUUGAAGAACUUGAGGCAGGGGAGUAG